AUGCGGAUGGAGCUCAUCUCCAGCCUUGUGGAGUACUACGCCAGGAACAACCGGUUCCCCGAGGCAGAGGCGCUGCUGCAGUCGAAGAUCAAACGCUGCGAGGACGUCUAUGGCAAGAACUCCGCUGUGGUCAUGAGCUUCUCUGAAGAUUUGGCUAUCCUGCUGGAGAAUGCCGGAGACAUGGACCGGUCUGAGGACAUGUUCCGUCACGUGUUGACCGUUCGGAGGCUUGCCUUGGGCCCGGAGCACGAGGACACUUUGCGGUCCAUGUCCAACUUGGCUGUGCUUCUGGAGCGUACUGGCCGCGGAGAGGAGGCAUUGAAGCUUUACGAGAAGUGCCAGGCUGGCAGAACGAAGGUCUUUGGCCCCACACACGCCAAGACCCUGGAGAGCACCAUUGGCCUGGCCGUCUGCCUCUCAGAUGUGGAACGCACCACCGAGGCAGAGACCGUGUUGACUGGAGUCCUGGCCGAAUUGGAAGCGCAGAAUUAUCACACUGACCACGAGUGGUUUCUGAUCUGCUUGGACAAGCUCGGAGAACUGGCAAAGGUCCAUGAGGAUAUCAGCCGCGCCGAGGCAUCGGAGGGAUGA